CCCCCCUUUCUCGCAUCUCCGAUCUUCCGAUCUUCUUUCUUUCUUCUGUCUCUCUCCUGUUGUUGUCUUCUUUCACACGUCUACUUACAUUCUCACAGAAUGGAAGACCUCGUAGGAGCUCUCUCAGGCGGUAUGCACGUCUCUCAAGAGAGACAGAAUCUACAAGCCCUACAAGAAUAUCUCACGAACACCAUGUCAUUCCCUCACAUGCCUAUGAAUGGUCAUCCUGGCUACCCACCACAGACGUCCAGGUCAGCAUCGCAUUCGAGGAAUUACAACAAUAUACAUUAUCACCCAUCAUCCUCAGCAUCAGCAUCAACAUCCGCCGCGGCUGCCCAAAUCACCGGAAUGAUUCCUCCGCCGAUAUCUCCCGUCCUCUCUCCUACUACUUCGUUCCACCCCGCCCCUUAUGCAUCCCCAAUCAACAACACAGCCUUCUUUCAUUCGGUCGAGGAGCUACCGAAACCCGAGCAAUAUCCUCAUCAUCACGCCAUGCAACGGUCUUCAUCCUCCGGCUUCCCGGAGCAUUCAGGGCUAGGCAUGAGCUCCAUUUCGACUGCCUUUGGAUCGUCAUCGGGCGGCGUCGGAGGAGGAGGCCACGGUCUCCAGUCAGCUUCGUCUUCCUACUCCACAGACGAUUCAGAAUCCCUCAGUGGGUUCGAAGCAGAUGCCUUUGCACCCUUGUGGCAAAGAACAGAUCGAUGGGGACGAAAAGAUGAGGAAAAGAGCAGUAACCCAUGGGCCGGGUUCAUCGGACAAGCAUCCAUCUUUGGGAAACGCAACGCGUCAGUCGAGAGCUCGGGCAAGAAGCCAAUGAGGGAUCAACCGUUUCGUGUGGACGGAAUGCCGGAAGAUCUGGACAUGGACAUGGAUAUGGGCAUGAAUGACGACCGCGAGCAUGCCGGCGCGACGGGAUCGCUUCAGAUCAUUACUGAAGCUGAGCAGCCAAAGAGAAGUCUAGGUAUCAGCUUUGGAGGCUGGGAUAGGGGUCGUCGGAAGCGAGCGCCGUGAUUCGUGGAUGAGGACUCGUAUCGUAUCGUUGUAAGAGUAUCUUUGUUGUAUUAUCCCGCGACGACGUUCCCACCCACGACACCACACUUUUUUUCGAGAU